UUAAUAAUUACUUAAAAUAGGAUUCAAAAUUGAAAUUAAGAUAGAUAUUUUUGAUGGAGAUUGAAGAAGAGCAAGACAUGAAUGUACCUGUUAAGCAAAAAACCGAGAAGAAAGAAGAUGAAGAACUUCUCCAAGCUAUCCUUGAAGAUGGUAAUGAAGUUGACCUAGCAACUUGGGAUCUGUGGGAAGUUAUCCCCAGGGUCUUUCGGUACCUGUCAAAAAGUCAUGCCCAAAAAGAUGAACAUUUACACCUUCUAAGUGCAAGCGCAUUAAUCAAAAUAGCUUCAGCCGCCAACCCUAAAGAAUUCAUUCUUAUUCUCCUCUCCCAACUAGAAGAAGAUUUUGAUGAUGCCAGAUUUUGUACCUUACUGAGACCUUUACAGAGUGUUCUCUUCCGUUUGCCAGAUGAAAAUGGGAAAUCAUUUCACUGGUGUCUUACGUCUAUUCAUGAUUGCUUAACAAAGCAUUUAUGUUUGCCAGGUGACUUUAAUUUUGAAGAUAGAGAAAAAGUACACCCAGAAAGUGAUGAAUAUCAAAUGAUAAUUUGUAAAGUCUAUGAAGAGUUAAUUUUCUUUUACCAGACAAUUCAAUAUGAAAUCUUGAAAAUUGUGGAUGUCCCAAAAUCUAAGAAAUUUGAACAAAUUUUUGUAAGUCAUCUAGUUAAAAUUCUUGGAAGGCCAUUAGUUCAGCUAAAUUUUGAGGGCGAAUCAUCAUCAAGCAGCCUUAAGAAGUCAGUAGAAAAUUUGCUGAAUUUAAUCUUUUCCAUGUCUGUUGAUGUUAUAUCCUUUGUAAAGAAAACUGAACCUCUGACCAGUCACAAAUUUAAUUCGGAAAAUUCUGAUUGUAUCCCUCUUUUAGCAUCUGCCAAUUUCUACUAUCUAAUUUUUUGCGAAAGGCUAGGUCCUAUUGAAAAAAUUCCCAAAGUUUACAGUACCAGUUAUCUAAGAUCUAAUAUUUUUCCUCUUGCGUCUGCUUUAAUUUUGUGUGAAGACUCCCUGAUCAGGAGGAAAGGCUUACUUUUAAGCAAUUUCAUGCUUGAAGAGCUCGAUAGUUGUUUUUUCACUGAGAGUGUUGUAUUAGAGCACUUCAUGCGAGGCUUAACGACUUGCAUAACUUAUGAAAAAACAGAGGAUAAUAGGAAACUAAGUUUUACAGUUUUCAAGAAUUACCUUUGUCAACUACGUCCUAAAGAAAAAUAUCUUGUAUUUCUAAAUCUCCAUACAAUCCUCACUAAUUCGAGCAUAAAAGCUUAUGUCAUAACUUGCAUCAAAGAUUCAGUGAUUCAGUAUUAUCAGCACCCAUUAUUUAGAGGCAAGUGCCUAUUUGAUUUAGUCGAUCUCUAUUGUAAGCUACCUGCAGGGUCAAGAACUGAUUUAAUGGAGUUCGCUAAUGAAACUAUUGCUUCACUCAAUUUCAUUCGUUUUUUGAUCAUUCGAGAUAGGAAUAAUAAGCUUGGUAGUCACAAGUACCUUAGAAAAAUACAUGAAAUACUGCUGGACCCUUUAGCUGAAGCUUUGAAAACUUCUCGGGUUAACUGGCAAUUAAAAUUGAAAGAAAUUGAUGAAGGUAUUUUAGAAGGCAACAAAGUGUCGAUGACUGUUGGUGGGCAAAGAUUACCAGAUAUGCCUAAAGAAGAACAGAUAGGUAUUGUCACUUCUGCAUUUAAUUGUAUUGAUCUUUUAGAAAGUCUCUCUAAGAGAGUGAAUGAAUGUUUUUUAGAAAUAUCUAUAGAGUCCUAGAUUUUUUAUCAUACUGUGAAAUUUAUGGUUCUUUUAUUUCCCUGCUGGAAACACAAAAAAAUGCGUUUUCAAUUAAACAUCAUAAAGAAGAGAGCAUUCUUCUAUCUCAUGGACUCAAUUUUUAUUUGAAUGCAUCAAAUUCAUAAUAUUUAAAGACUUUUAUAUGUUUUUUCAAGGAGAAGAGGCCCUGUUACCUCAGUUUUGUAGUAGCUAAGUGCUUCAAUCAUGGUGCGCACAGGUCACCGACUGCCAUGCAUAAGUCAAAGAAAUGAAUAUAAAUAUAUAAAUAGGUGUGAUGUUUUUACCUGAAUUUGCUCCUAAAUCUUGUAUUCCUUGCCUGGUUUGUUAAAUUACCUGCUUUAGUUUUUUUAACAACAGAAAAUGUUUUUUUAACUUUGAAAUAGCAACACAUUUAUUUCUAAAACACA